UCAUCCUCCUUCUCUCUCUCUCUCUCAUAAAUUAAUUAAUCAACCAAAAAUUAAAAAAAAAAUAAACUAUUGCUUAAUAUCUUGCCUACCACUUGCAUAUAUACCACUCAAAUAUUCGUACAAUACUUUCAUGUAUAUAAAGAGCUAGCUGGCCAAACCCCAAACUCUAAGUUCUUUAUUUAAUUUAAUUUUCUUUCUUUUUUUUUUUUUAAAGUUUAUGGCAAUUGCAAACGCAAGCAUGAGCAACAACAAUAACAGCAACAAUAACAACACCAACAAGGAUGACGAUGAUGAUCACCAUGAACAGGACAUGGUGAUGCCUGGCUUCCGUUUCCAUCCCACCGAAGAAGAACUGGUCGAGUUCUACCUUCGCCGUAAGGUUGAGGGCAAGCGUUUCAACGUCGAACUCAUUACUUUUCUUGAUCUAUAUCGCUAUGACCCUUGGGAACUCCCUGCUUUGGCGGCCAUAGGGGAGAAAGAGUGGUUCUUCUAUGUGCCGAGAGAUCGAAAGUAUAGAAAUGGUGACAGACCUAAUAGAGUGACGACUUCUGGUUAUUGGAAGGCGACGGGAGCUGAUCGAAUGAUCAGAAGUGAGAGCUCUCGAUCAAUUGGGUUGAAGAAAACCCUAGUUUUCUAUUCUGGGAAAGCUCCUAAAGGCAUCAGAACCAGCUGGAUUAUGAACGAGUAUCGUCUUCCUCAGCAUGAAACUGAACGAUACCAGAAGGCCGAGAUAUCGCUUUGUCGCGUGUACAAGAGAGCUGGAGUUGAAGACCAUCCAUCUCUUCCUCGUUCGCUUCCAACAAGAGCAUCAUCUUCAUCAUCAUCAAGAAGCUUUACACCAUCCAAUAAAUAUCCUCAAGAGGCAGCUCAACAUUUAGCAAUGGAGAGGUUCCAAACUUUCGGAACUCAGUCUCAUAAUUCACCGCAACUUGAUAUCGAAAAGAUGAGCGAAACAGAUGGAAGUACAAGCUCAGAUGUCACCACAGUUCUUGGACUUUCAAAGCAAAACGUUUACCGUCCAACGAUGGUGUCUCCAAUCAGCGCUUCACUCGGUCUGCCAUCAUCAAUAGAAGAGGAAGGCUUGUUCCUUCACCAGUCUAAACAAGUAUGCAGCUCUUUAGUCCCCACUUGCACCACUCUAUUUCCCGGUGGAUCCUCUUCUGUGUCGUCGAACCCCGCCGCCGCCACUGCCCUCGAUGAGUUUCACCGAUUAUUAACCUACCAACAAGCUUCCAUCAACCAGCAGCAACAACAACAGCAACCGUAUAAUUUCAAUCACCACUCGCAGUUCUCCUCUUUGCAACCUCAUCAAGUGCAGGCGGCGCCACUGGGACUCAACACACUAACAGCUUCGCUUCCAACUGCAGCUUUAAUCUCAGAUAGAUUGUGGGAAUGGAACCCAAUUCCAGAAGCAAACAGAGAGUACAGCGAUCCAUUCAAUGUUAGUAAGAAGAAUCUUAGUGUACACCAUGAUUGGAACAAAAAAGGACUAUAAUUUCGGGGACAAAUUAGGUUCACCUUGGGGACUGGUGCAGGGAUUGGACCCAUGCAUUUCAGAAACAACAUCCACAAUGGAGACAUCAAAGUUUUGUUCCAUUUUGAAUCUUCUUGUAGGUGAGCUUGACUAACUAACCCACUCAAAAAGACAUUUUGGCUUUGCCCUUUGUGUUCAAGAAAAAUCUAAUAAUUAAUCAAUAUAACACAACUCUUGGGGGGUCAAAUGAUCCUUAAUCUAUGAUAUCUAGAACCACUUCAUUAAGCAUAGUCCAUCCCCAUUUCUACUUUUUUUCAUGACCUUUAGAUCUAGUUUAAUAAAAGAUAAUUAAAACACAUGUCAGAAUUAGAUAAAAAACAGACAAUGUUGUACUAUGUAAGAAUAACUCGACCAUUACAAUUGAUGAUAUUUACACUGUAUGUAUGAAUUUGUACACUUAAGAAGUCCUUUAUAUAAAGUCCCAAUUACCCCAAAAUAUUAUCUACCUCUUAGAUCUAGUUUAUACUAAUAAGAUAAGUUUAUAACAAAAAAAUCUUGUCCUGGAUCAUAGAAUGAGAUCAAGAUACAUCUUAAGGUUAGAUCUAAAAUAGACAACACCAUACUAUGUAAGAAUAACUUGAUCGAUCAAAUUAAGACUCGAACGAGCUGUAUGAAUGGGUUUAAUUUAGACACUUUGACAUUUGGCAAAUAGUCCUUUCUGCAAAGUCCAAUUAUCCCAAUUAUAAUCAUAAAAGAAGGAUAAUCGGAUGUGGUUGUCUGUAGUGGCUUAAUUAUAGGCAAGGGCUGGGACAGAUAUAUAUAGCUGUGUCCAGUAGCAUUUAGCAAGUUCUAACAAUUAUUGUACUGCAAAGUCAGCGAUUCUACCAUUGCAUGUGCACACAAUUGUGGGCGGGCGUGCUACAUGAAGAGCUCGGUUUAGUGGGUAAAAUUUUUAUAGCUAGAGAGGUCCAUAGCAUGACAUUGUGCAUGCAGCACUAUGAAGCUUUCGAUCUCUCUAAAAUCUACCUAUAAUUAAUACUUAUUGUUAGUUAAUAAGCCUCUAUUCUUUAUUACUCAGCGGAUUUAUGUAACUAAUUGUUGACAUUCUCAUUUAUAUUGUCAAGAAUUUUGAAAGCUAGAUAGCUAUAUGUCUCUUAUUCAUACUUGAAGAAGAAUAAUAUUUAGGGUUGCGGGAUUACCUAUAGCUAGCUAUAAAUGUAUUUAUUGA